CAACACUGUUGGCACUACGACCAUCUUUGACACCCGCGAUUUUGGAUGAGAAAAUCUUGAUCGAGUUUCCAAUCGAACCCUCGAAAAAGGUUGCCGUUGUUAGUCGACCAUACUAUUGUUAUUGCCGAAAAGCGCAGCCAUGUUCAAGUCCAUCGUCCCGGUGCUAUCUCAGGUGCCAGCUGAGGUAUGCCUCGGUCAACAGAACCGUGGUAUGGCCACGCUGAAGGCCAUUCAGAUUCGGUUGAAGUCGGUCAAGAACAUCCAGAAGAUCACGCAGUCCAUGAAAAUGGUGUCUGCUGCCAAGUAUUCCCGUGCUGAGCGUGAUCUGAAGCAGGCCAGACCCUAUGGUGUCGGCGCUCAGCAGUUCUACGAGAAGGCAGAGGUGGUCCCGAAGGAGGACGACAACAAGAAGCUGUUCAUUGCCAUCACGUCCGAUCGUGGUCUGUGUGGAGCAGUCCAUACCGGUGUUGCCCGUUAUAUCCGUGGUGAACUGGCCAAGGAUGCAAACAUCAAGGUGAUCUGCGUCGGUGACAAGUCGCGCGCCAUCCUGUCGCGUCUGUAUGGCAAAAACAUCGAAAUGGUCGCCAACGAGGUUGGCCGCCUGCCGCCGACCUUCCUGGACGCGGCCAAGCUGUGCAACGCCAUCCUGAACCUCGGCUACGAGUACACCGAUGGUAAAAUCAUCUACAACAAGUUCAAGUCGGUCGUCUCGUACUCGGUAUCCGACAUUCCGAUCUUCUCGCUGAAGUCGGUCGAAUCGGCGGAAAAGCUGCCGGUGUACGAUUCGCUCGACUCCGAGGUCGUCCAGAGCUACCUGGAGUUUUCGCUCGCGUCGCUGCUGUUCUACACCAUGAAGGAGGGCGCUUGCUCGGAGCAGUCGUCCCGCAUGACGGCCAUGGACAACGCGUCGAAGAACGCCGGUGAGAUGAUUGACAAGCUGACGCUGACCUUCAACCGCACCAGACAGGCCGUGAUUACGCGCGAGCUGAUUGAAAUUAUUUCCGGUGCGUCGGCUCUGGAGACCAAGGACUAAGCUGGCGGUCCGCUCCCGUGGGCACGCUGAGUGCAAUGUACAACAGGCGCCGGUGAUGGGCAUGCGGAUUUUCUUAUUCUAUCGUGUCCGCUGCUCGUCUCAUUAAUAACAUCUGCAACAGCUACACACUUCCUUACGAAACGGCGAAAAUCGUGCAUAGAUCGCUUUUGGAAAUUAUUAUCAGUACCACGAAAGCGCGCAGGAAAAUAUAGUACCCUAAAAGUUAAACAGUCGAAA